GAUUACAGUUUCUAGACAAUGAGAAAAAAAAUGGUGUACCUUGAAAAAUAAACAUUUGGAUCUGAGCCUUUGUAAAGGUGAGGUGAUCCCACAGUAAGGCAAUAACAAGAAAUGGCAGGUUUUAUGUAGGAGGCAUGCCAAACAUUGUUUCCCAGGACUUGGAGGUGAGUGUUGGCACCGUGGUUCCUGCUCUAUUGUAAGCAUGCCUAUUUUAAAAUGCAUCUAGUUCUCCUCCAUCUGAGAAGCUGGUGACCCAGGCACUGGGAGAGUGACAAGUGGCUGUAAUGAUACAAAAUCUGGUGGUAUAUUAAAUGCAGAAGAGCAGAGCUGGAUUCAGUGUUGGACUGAAGUGGAGAGUGAUUGACUGAUGCAGUAGUUUGCUUGUGGAGGCUGUGGAAUCUCCUUCCUUGAAGAUGUCCAAGACUCAGCUGGCUGUGAUCCCACACAACCUGAUCUAAUUAGAUCUAAUUAGACAUGCUUUCAGCUGGGGUUGAGUUCAAUGGACUCCAGAGGUUUCUUCCAACUUGAAUUACUAUUUGAUGCUGUGAAGGGGCAGUUUGUACCAAGGUCUUAGUGUGCCAGGCUCCCCACAGAAUCCAGAGGUGUCUUCCUGCUGGCUAUGCCAGUGGAGCAUGGAAUCCCCCAGGAGGAAGUUUCUGCCUGCCAAUUACUGAUUUUAAUCUGAAACUUUAACACCCACAUAAUUAGUUCACCUUACAGACAGCAAGAGGCUUUUGUUUGCAUGAGCUUUUAGAUUUGUACUGAGAGAAAAACACAUGUGCCAUAUGUUUUUGUUCCCUGUCAUUUCUGUUCUGCUUCACUGAGAGUGGCUGAGACUGACUUGAAGUCUGGAAAAUAACUGUCAAAACAAAAGUAGGAAAUGGAGAGUAUGUUUGUGCUUACCAUUUUGUCAUUGUUGCAAUAUGGAAUCCACUUCUUUGGCAGAUGAACUGAAAGGUGUCCCCCUUCACAUACAGAAAUUACCAGCUCUCUAAACUAAUAGGAGUUCCUGUUUUCUUUGGCUCACAUCAUCCUCAGCAGUGGAGGUUUUAUUCUAAUUAUAAUUUAGUUCAAGUUUUAUCCUCACAGAUAUGUGAGACAGAAAACCACUUUCCUUGUUCUGCAUUUUGGUUUGUGUAGUUCAGGAAGCAGCCAGGAACAGGAACAAUUGGUGUGGAGUAGAACUCUCACAAAGUGAUUACAUGUGUCACAUAAGUCACCUCUUCUCAGGAAGGUGUGGGAGCCCAGCAGGACACUUGGACCCUGCAGGUGCCAUGAGUGGAGUAAAAGAUUCCUUGAGACUGAGUGUCUUUGAGAGGGGACUCUUCAGGCUAGAGUAAUUUUUAGUGGUGAGGUUUGGUUGGUUUUUUGUUUGGAUUUUUUUUUUUUUGAAUGAUUAAUCUACUAGCCUUUCUUAAUUUCUCGUUAGAAGGUUGUGGUCAGGACUGUAUCCAUAAAUAUCUGUAAAUGUAAACUAACCUUUUUUUGUGAUGGGAAAUUCUGAACAGCUCUAACCCUAUUGACAGAGGCAUGGAACUGAAUUGAUGACUAUGUCUAUCUGUGUUGACAGGUUAUUAAUAGAAAUUACAAUCAAGCUGGACGUAUGACUGUAAUAAGAACACUGUUUUUCAAAGGUGAUACCAAAUCAGUUAUCUGAAUACGUGGUAUCUUGACUUGAUUUUUAUUGUGCACAACUUGCUGUAUUAUGGAAGAAAAUUUUUAAAGCUGGGGAUACUAACCAGGAUGGACAGCUGGAUUUUGAAGAAUUUAUGCAGUACCUUAAAGAACAUGAGAAAAAGAUGAAACUGGCAUUCAAGAGCCUGGACAAAAACAAUGAUGGAAAAAUUGAAGCCUCAGAAGUUGUCCAGUCCCUCAAGAUACUGGGUAUAAACAUUUCAGAAAAACAGGCAGAAAAGAUCCUGCAAAGUAUUGAUGCUGAUGGGACAAUGACAGUAGACUGGAAUGAGUGGAGAGAUCAUUUUAUGUUUAAUCCAGCUACAGACAUUGAAGAAAUAAUUCGAUAUUGGAAACAUUCCACUGUAUUGGAUAUAGGAGAUAGUUUGACUGUUCCAGAUGAGUUCACAGAGGAAGAGAAGAAGAGUGGGCAGUGGUGGAAGCAGCUGUUGGCAGGAGGAGUGGCCGGUGCUGUCUCUCGAACAGGCACAGCACCCUUAGACCGCCUCAAAGUCAUGAUGCAGGUUCAUGGUUCAAAGUCAAACAAAAUGAAUAUAGCCAGCGGUUUUAAGCAAAUGUUGAAAGAAGGUGGUGUCCGAUCCCUUUGGAGGGGAAAUGGUGUAAAUGUUGUGAAAAUAGCUCCUGAAACAGCUAUUAAGUUCUGGGCUUAUGAACAGUAUAAGAAGAUACUCACGAGGGAUGAUGGAAAGUUAGGCACUGUUGAAAGAUUUGUAUCUGGUUCUUUAGCUGGAGCAACAGCACAAACUUCUAUUUAUCCCAUGGAGGUUUUAAAGACCAGAUUGGCUGUGGGUAAAACAGGGCAAUAUUCUGGGAUGUUUGACUGUGCUAAGAAGAUUUUAAAAAGAGAAGGUCCAAAGGCCUUCUACAAAGGCUAUAUUCCUAAUAUUCUGGGUAUAAUUCCUUAUGCUGGCAUUGACCUUGCUGUUUAUGAGCUCUUGAAGAGUACGUGGCUAGAGCACUAUGCAUCAAGCUCUGCAAACCCAGGUGUGUUUGUGCUGCUGGGCUGUGGCACUGUGUCCAGCACGUGUGGGCAGUUGGCCAGUUACCCUCUGGCUCUCAUCAGAACACGCAUGCAGGCUCAAGCCUCAGUGGAAGGAGCUCCACAGCUAAGCAUGGUUGGUCUCUUUCAAAGAAUUGUUGCUACAGAGGGACUCCGAGGACUUUAUAGGGGCAUAGCUCCUAAUUUUAUGAAAGUGCUUCCAGCUGUCAGCAUCAGCUAUGUUGUAUAUGAAAAAAUGAAACAGAAUUUGGGAAUAGCAUGAAAUGAAGGAAAAAGGUGAGAUGCUUCUAAUGCUGUUGGAAACACCAAAACAAUAAUGUUUUCUCAAGUAAUCUGCUCUCACAAUUAGAGACAGAUCUUUAUAGAGAGAUGCUGCAACUUCCACAUUUGUCCUUAAGUGGGAAGAAACAUUCUUAAAUUUUAGUUCACCAUUUUUAAACAGAUACGUAUAUUGCACUUUAAAAUGUCACUGAGUUGAAAAAAAACAAUCAAGAAACUGUCUUUAAAUCAGCAGUAUGUUCCUAUAUUUAGGAAAUCAUGCAUAUUUUACUCAUUGGGGUUUUUUAAAUUUGUCCUUUCUAAACGUGUAUUUGUCUUGGAUGAAACCAAAGGUAGGAGAAGUUUAUACUGCCUUGAUACUGAAUACAUGAAAGUGACUUUGUGUUUUGUCAUGCUGCCUACACUCAAGCAAUUCACAGGCGACAUUUUGCAUGCCUAGAAGUGAGCACUUUUGUUAUUUUUGAAGACUGAAUGUUAAGUUCAUAAGAAAUAGCAUCUUGGAUACACACAAUGAUGGAAUAACACAUUAAAAUGUAGCCCAUCACCUUUGUCUUCAGGCGAACCUUUUUUAUUUUUCAUUAUUUAAAGAGCUUGAGAAACUGCUGUUCUGCAGUAUUGGAAUACCUCAAAUGGAUUUACACGGUAUUUUUGUAAUACAAUCAGCAAUUUUGAUAACUUGCUUCACUGGACCUGCUUUUCAUGGCACUUGUAAACCUCAGCACUAUUAACUAUGGCAUAAUUUGGGUUACAGCUGCAUGUUUUAUAGGAUCAUAAUAUAAAGGAACAGAAAAAGCUUGGAUGUUAGAUCCAUUCCAUACAAGUGCAAGUUGCUAUUUAAAAACAGGAUGGAGGAUCCAGUAUGAAGCUGGUUGUAAUUCUCAUACAGCCAAUGGCAGAGCUAUUCAUAGCUCUGGGAACAGGAAUGCUUGUCAUUUUGGACUCUCCAUUCUUUCCCUUGUUCAGAGGGCUACAUCCACUCUGUACUUUUAGCAUUAUUACAUAAAGGAUUUUUACAGUUUUGUCAUGCGAGAUCAGUCUUCUGUGCACAUUGGCUGUGGGUGUGAAAUUGGGAUAAUAAAAUACUGAAGUGUUUUGUCCAGGUGACCAAGUGGCAGUGCUGACCUCAGGUGCCCAUCAGAUUGGUGUUAAUGUAUUAAUGUAGCAUGCAAAGCAAAGCAUGCAUACAGACCUGCUAGUGCUUGAGAAACAGCUCCUCCUCAAAAAACAAAGCAGCCCUUCCUCAAUGCAGAACUUUAGGCAUUUCCAUGUACACAAGUCCUAAGUCCUUCCGAAGUGACUUCCUUUUUUUUUUUUUUUUUUUGGUGUGUGUGGAGGGGCACACAGUUGCCUUCAGGACUGAGCACUGAAAUAGAUUAACAAUUAUUACCAGACUCUUUUACUCUUUUGUUAGGCUUUUUCUGCUUUCUGUAAUGUGUAGUGUCUUAAUCUUAGUAAAUUCGAGAUUAUACCUACCUUGACCUUCUAAAAGCAACUGCUCUUAGACCACUUUCUGAAAUUGGAUUACUGAAGGAAGAACUUUAUUCUGUUAAGGUCAUUAAGGGUCUUCUUUUUAAUUCUUUCUUUUUUUGGGUGGGCAUGAGGGGUGCAUGGUUUUUUUGUUUGUUUUGUUGUUUUUUUCAGCAGAAAAAUAAGCAAGCAAAAAUAACUGCCUGAAUCUCCCUUGUCUACAUAUGCUUUGGGCCAUAUUUUUCAAACAGCAAUCACAUGUAAAUUUGUGUUCAGUGCUUCCGUGGCUGGUGUUUAUUCUCCAUAAACUGAUGUAUAGCAAUUCCAUAAAAUCUGUAUUAUAGAAUUUUUUAUCACAUUUCAGAAAAUGGCAGCUCUAGCUGUAUUUUGGCCUUCCCUUUAGGGAAAUGUUGGACUUUGCACUUUAGGAAAAAAAAAGUAAUUCUAUCCAAGUCAUUUAUAUGUAUAAUGCCUUUCUGAUCAGAGUUUUCCUUGGUUUUGCCAAUAUCUUUGUACCUUUGUGGGAUUUGUGAGAUCAGUUGCUGGUAAUUUUGUUUGACUGUGACCAAUGAGCAAAUGUAUUGUGUGUGUGAUGUAAAGAUGACUUUAGCAUUUCUAUCUUCCAGACUUGUUCCAUUUUGUUUAUAGUAUGCAAGUGCCAUUAUGAGUAUUAAAAUCAUGGUGACCUUUUCCAAUGUUGAAAAUAUGAGCUGUUUCAGAUUUGAUUUUUCAUUACGUGCCUUGAUGAUGACUCAAUUGUGUGGUCAAUUGUGUAUUCUUUGUCUCUUAAAUGUAUGUUUACCUUUCUAGCUCCAUAAAACUACCAGUUUCUAAUAAAUCUUUGUUUCCUUA